GUUGUUUAUAAGCUGAGAAUAUAGUUGAAUAGAAAAUAAUAAAAUCAUUAAUGUUUUCUAGUGCUUUAAGCUAGAUGUUGGAGAUAAAGAAUAAGGAAUAUGAUGUCAAGCUCAUAAAGUAGAGCAUGAAUAAAUUAAACUAAAUUGAAAUGAUGGCUCUAUUGGAGAUGAUACACCAUUAUAAUCAAUGUUAACAAAAGGACCAAUAAAAAGAUGAACUGUUCAAUGAAUUACACUGCAUUCUUUAAAGUUAAUUGACAACCGAUCGUAGAGCUGUGACCAAUACCAAUAACUUUUUAGAAUACAAAACUAAAUGCAAUGCCACAAAUACCGGCGUUAUGAUUCUCAAUCAUCAGGGAUAAUUUGGUAUACUUAUCCAUUAAUGCUAGUUCUGUCUGAUCAUAUAUCUAGAAACAUUUUAGAAAUAAACUCAAAAGAAGAACUCGAACAAAAGAACUUCUUCUCACUUAUCAGCAAAGCCUCGGAACAAAAGCUCAGAUAGAUCCUCAAAAAUAAUUGUUUCUUGUAAAGUGAACAAACUAAGGGUUGUUUUGAUAUUGCCAUCUAUUCAGACAGAAAUCGAAAGAAAAGUCUUAAGUACUUAAAUCAAAUGGCACAAGUACCUUUGAAAAAGAAGAUUAAAAAAAAUAUGACUGAAAGUAAUAAUGCCUAUUAAUUGUUUAUUAGAUGUGAAAUAAUUGUAGAAGGAACAAAUGUUAAUGGCGAAGUAUUUAAAACCAAUUAAGGUCACUAUGUUGAAAGUCAGUGUUCAAAUUCAUCAAGACUUUAUUGAAUCGUUCGCAGAUUCAAAUGAUAUAAUUUUAAGUAAUUUGGAUGUUUUGGCUUAAAACAAUGCAAAUUAGUUGGUCAUUUGUGAAGUCAGAGAGGUAGAUUCCCACCUAGGGUUGACUGUUUAAGAAUUGCUCUCAGAUCCUUACAUAUCUAAACAUGAAAGUACUCAAAUUAUUUAAACUUAGUUAAAUGGAACAGAAGAGUAAGAAAGUUUAAAGGAUAGAUUUCAGAUGACGAGUAUGAACUUUGAUGUAUUAUUUGUGUAAUUAUAAACUGCC